AUGAAUGUAUCGUUUGCAGGCGACCUGUUUGCAGACGACUUUGUACUGUUGGCUUCUUCUGAAACUUAUCUGCAGUGCUGCCUGGAUAGAUUCGCAGCCGAGUGUGACGUGACCGGCAUGCGCAUUAAUGGAGAGGCAGUGGAGGAGCUGGAGAAGUUCAAGUACCUCGGAAUCGUUUUUACUGGUGAUGAAAAACAGAGGUCAAGAUCGACCGGUGGACUGACACAGUCAGUGGCGUUCUGCGUGAACUAA